UGCUGUGGGGAAGGGAGACGGAUUUGUAGACCCCAGAGUGAGGUUCUGCCUACCCGAGGCCGCUGCUGUGCGGAGACCCCAGGGGAAACCACAGUCACCAUGUCUGACCAGGAGGCAAAACCUUCAACUGAGGACUUGGGGGAUAAGAAGGAAGGAGAAUAUAUUAAACUCAAAGUCAUCAGACAGGAUAGCUGUGAGAUUCACUUCAAAGUGAAAAUGACAACACAUCUCAAGAAACUCAAAGAAUCAUACUGUCAAAGACAACUGGGAAUGGAGGAAGAAGAUGUGAUUGAAGUUUAUCAGGAACAAGCAGGGGGUCGUUCAAUGAUUUAG